AUGUCAACUACUGAAAUGCCUGAAACAUCCAGGGCCCGCAGCUACAAUACCAGCUGCAACAAGAAUCAAAGUGAGCAACCUGACAACAAGCAAGUCAAAAUAGAAGCCUACAGUGAAAGUCGACAUGUGCCUGGUGGUAAAAUACCCAACCUCGGCAAAUGGAUUUUGCGGCAAUUGAUGGCACUUGGCCUCAUACUGCUGAUCGAUGUCGGCAUCCCAUUGGCACUUUACUAUGGAUUACGCAAUGUACUUGAUGUUUUGUACUCGUUGAUUAUCUCUGGUAUCCCUCCUUUUCUAUGGGUGAUCUAUGGAUUCAUUCGUCAUCGACGCAUUGAUGCUCUAGGCCUUAUCAUUGGCCUCUCGUUUAUUGUUUCUGGUGUCAUAUCUUUGAUCAAUGGGGAUGCUCGUAUUGCCAUUCUACGAGAGGCGGUGGUUACGGCUGUGGUGGGUACCAUGUUCCUGGUAACCUUGAUCCCUAUCAGAAGCAAGCGAUUCACCAUGCGCCCUAUGGCAUACACCAUGUUCCGUCAAAUGGUCUUUUCAGAAUUCAUUUAUCGCUGGAUUGACAAGGAUGGCAAAGAACAAGAAAUGGGAGUAGCAGAAUGGCAAUGGCAACACGUGCGUCAAUUUCGUAUCAGCAUGUUUCUACAAACAACCAUGUGGGGCAUACUACUGGAUAUGGAAUUGGUCGCAGCAGUAAUCAUGGUCAAGAGCUCUUUGACCCUUGAUGAGGUGGUUGCAUACAACAACAUCAUCACAUCGUUGGUUGUUGCUCUCCAAAUUGUUGUCAGCAUCGCUGCGCUCAUUUACUGCUAUCGUGUCUCAAAGAGGAUUGGCGCAGCUUGGACUCGAGAAAACGACUACACCGAUUAUUACAGCAAGCUUAACAAUGACAGCAAUCGGAUUAAGGAGGAUAAUGGUGAUGCAAGACACCAUCACACGGUCCACAUGGCUUGA